AUGAUCACGCCACGCUUUCCUUUGCGCAGCCUCGUCGCUCUUGCAGUGAUGCUGCCAAUUUCCCAGGCCAUCGACUGCAACAACUGGUCCAUGCGGUACAAGAAAUUCCUCGAUGGUGUCUGCGUCUGCAACAGCACCGUAGCCUGUGAAACGUUCCCGAAUGACUAUCUGAAGUUGUCGUCGGGUCAGGUCGGGGUAUACCGCACCACUCGAGACGGUGAACGCUUUCGCUACGAGACGGCCACUUUCACCGAUGGCUCCUCUGCUGACGCCGAUCUGAUCAUCGAUGCGAGCACCACAUACCAGACCAUUAUCGGGUUCGGUGGCGCUUUCACGGAUGCUGCUGCCAUCAACUUGUACAAGAUGAACGACAAGAUCCAGAGCAUGAUCCUUGACGCGUAUUACUCGGUGGACGGCAUUCAGUACUCCACAGGUCGCAUCCCUAUUUCAUCCACCGAUUUCUCCACUAGCAUUUACUCGUACGACGCCACUGUGGACGACUUCGACAUGAGCGACUUUUCCAUCGCUGUGGACAAGUCGUCGGCCACGCACAAGCUGGAUCUGAUCCACCGCGUGUUGGACAUGACGGAGCGCAAUCUCUCGAUCUUUGCGUCUUCGUGGGCCCCACCAGUGUGGAUGACGAAGGAGAACACGACGCUCAACUGCCACAUGAAGGGGAAUCCGGGCGAGCAGUACUGGAAAGCUCUGGCACUAUACUACUCCAAGUUCAUCACUGCGUACAAGAACGAAGGGAUCGACAUCUGGGCCAUGACGACGCAAAAUGAACCUGAUGAGCCUCUUAUUAAGCUGAACGCGUGGCAAAGUCUCCGCUUCACAGCAGCGACUGAGCGUGACUUCAUCAAGAAAGACCUUGGACCUCGCAUGAAGGCCGAUCACCCGAAUCUUAAGCUUAUCAUCAUGGACGACAACAAGAGCCAUCUGCUAAGUUGGUUGGCAGCCCUGGAAGACAGCGAGGCGGCUCAAUACGUGGCUGGUGUGGGUAUUCACUGGUACUCCAACGUCGACUUCCCGCUGGGUAUUGGCGGUAGCUUUAGUGAUCUAUCUACCUUUCACACCAAGUAUCCGAACGUGUUCAUGUUGGGAACAGAGGCUUGUGAGGGCUACAUUCCGGACUGGGUCGUCACGAGCACUGGUGCAGGAGUGAAGCUGGACGACUUCAACAUUGGCUGGUGGCGAGCACACAAUUACGCGAAGGAUAUCAUCAACGACCUCACCAGCUUCGUGUCUGGAUGGACCGACUGGAACCUCAUACUCGACACGAACGGUGGACCCAAUUGGGCGAAGAACUUCGUGGAUGCGCCAAUUAUUGUGGACGAAACCAAUGGCAACGAGAUCUACAAACAGCCCAUGUACUACGUCAUGGGUCACUUCUCCAAGUUCCUCACUCCUGGAUCUGUACGUCUCAAAUUCACAGCAGCAAGUGGAAGCACGUCGCGACUCAGUGAUGUGGACUGGACGGCCUUCUUGACGCCCGAAAACCAGUACGUGGCGAUCAUGUUCAAUAAGGGAAACAGUGAAGAGACCGUGAAGAUCCUGGCGCCAAGUGGAAAGCUGGUGGAAGUUGUAAUCCGCCCCACAUCGAUCCAAACCGUUGUUUUCAACAAAUAG